AUGGAUCGACCCAUUUCGCGCGGCUCCGUCAAGGAGCAACACUCGAGUGACGGCCCUCAACUCAAUGGAGAGCAUUCGACAAAGGUUUCACCGCAUCGGUCGCAUGAACAGGUCACAGAAAUGAAGGAUGACGGAGGGAGCACGACAGCCGAUGAGGGGGUUAUGGAAGGUGAAAAGGAGGCGACUACGAAAGCUGCCGAUGGCAGUGACGAGGCGCCAAAGGACGAGGAGUACGUCACCGGCAUCAAGCUGUUGCUUGUCCUUGCUGCGUUGACAGGGACUACCUUCUUGAUCUUGCUGGAUAUGUCCAUCGUCGUCACAGCUGUGCCGCAAAUCACCACGACAUUCAACUCCCUCGCCGAUGUAGGCUGGUACGGCGCAGCAUACAACCUGUGUAGCGCUGCGUUACAGCCCUUUGCAGGAAAGCUCUACACGCACCUCCGCUCAAAAUGGAUCUACCUUUCUUGCCUAUUCCUCUUUGAACUCGGCUCCCUAAUCUGCGGCGUCGCGAAAUCUUCCAACAUGCUCAUCGUCGGACGUGCCGUCUCUGGCAUGGGCUCUGCAGGCCUCUACAACGGCGCGUUGACCAUCAUCGGGAACUCGGUGCCCUUGGCAAAACGACCUAUGAUUAUCGGAAUCUUGAUCGGACUCGCCAACAUGGGACUCGUGAUCGGGCCGCUUGUCGGGGGUGCCUUGACGGAGUACUCUACCUGGCGGUGGUGUUUCUACCUCAACCUCCCCAUCGGCGGCGUCGUCGCCGUUCUCCUCGCCCUCAUCCACAUUCCCGACAGAAUCUCCGCUCCCCUUCCGCUACUCGAAGUCCCCCGUCACCUCGAUCUGCCCGGCUGUGUUCUCUUCAUCCCAUCAGCACUCAUGCUCCUCCUUGCGCUGCAGUUCGGUGGCAACGACUACGCGUGGAACUCCUCCGUCGUCAUCGGCCUCUUCGUGGGCUCAGGUGUCAUGGCCAUCCUCUUCGUCCUCUGGGAGCAUCACGUCGGCGACGAAAAGGCGAUGAUCCCGCUGGGGAUGCUCAAGAAGCGCGUCGUCUGCACGAGCGCUUUAGUGGGAGGCAUCAAUAUGAGUGUCACGCUGGUGGGGAGCUACUACCUUCCAAUGUACUUCCAGAGUGUCAAGGGGGAGACUCCGUUUAAGGGUGGUGUGGAUUACUUGCCUACGAUUCUGGCGCAGCUGAUUUCUGCUGUGACGUCUGGGGCUCUUGUUGGACGGAUGGGAUAUUACCUCCCGUGGGUCUUCAUCGGCGCUGGCUUCUCUGCAGUUGGAAGCGGGCUUAUCUCGACUUGGGUGCCUACUACAGCAACUGGCAUUUGGAUCGGGUAUCAGAUCAUCCUUGGUAUUGGCCGUGGCUCGAGCAUGCAAAUGGUGAAUAUUCUAAUCGAGGUCCUAAGAAGGCCCCUAGCUAAUGACAAUCUCCAGCACAUCAUCGCAAUCCAGGCCAACCUGCCUCCCUCCUUGCUGUCCGUCUCGAUGGCGACGCUGGUCUUCGCGCAAACGCUCAGCGGCGCAGUCUUCCUCACUUUUGCCGAGCUCAUCUUCACCGAAGGGCUGGGCAAGAACCUGGAAAAGUACGCGCCUUCAGUCGACGCCAAGACGAUCCUGGCUGCCGGAGGCACUGGGUUCAGGGAAGUUGUUAGUGCUAGCGAGCUUCCUGGUGUGGUGAUGGCGUAUUCGAAAAGCAUCAGCGAGGUGUUUUAUUUGUGCGUUGCAUUGUCAGGUUGUGUAUUCAUCCUGGGAUGGGGCAUGGGUUGGGUUGAUAUUCGGAAGAAGAAGGCGGAGAAGAAAGGGGACGUGUGA